AUGAAUUCGACUAUAGUUUCGCUUUCAAUUUCCAGCAUUUCGCAAUCACCCUUAAUAUUGCAUGGAAUUGGAUCCUUAAAGCGAUGCGAUAAGUUCUCUUCAAUAAAAGCAAUAAAAUUCGCAAAUUCGUUUUUUAGAUCUAGCAAUACCAAUGCAGAAUUCAUUAAUUCAGCAUUUACAAGGUUUCUAAAUACGCCUGUUAAAAUCGCUACUCUGAAAUACUCAAACGAUUUCUUCCAUACACCAGAAAAAAUUAAAGACGAAACUACAGCAAUAUUCAGAAACUGCAUUUUCAGAAAAUGCUCCAAGAAGAAAGGCCUUGGUGGUGGAAUUAGCUACCAAAACGAUGAUGGCCAAAUUUUGAUUUCGGAUUGUUGCUUUUUCAAAUGCUCUUCAGGAAGUUGCGGAGCAUUUUUCAUUAGGUCUAAGAUUCAUGAUAUUAAAUCUACAUGCAUUAAGAAAUGCCAUGCUUUAUUAUCUGAUAUUAUGUUUAGAAUUACAGGACCAAAAUAUCCGAGCAUUAAUGAUAUUGUCAUAGAGCCAUCAAAGAUUGAACAAAUAUCUUGUUCACUAAAUGGCCCCUUAAAUAUAUCAGAUGUUACCGGAUUAAUGUUAUUUUAUCAUAUAAUAGUUGAUAUCUCAAAUUCAAACGUUUCUAAAUCAUACCCAGUUAAAGAACGUGGUGCAAUUGAAUCUCAAUACGCAGAAUUUUUCAGGUUUUCUUUCAUUCAUUUUGAAAAUAACCAAGGACCGGGUCUGAUCUUCCUAGAUAGCAAUAAAGGAGACUCAGAAAUUGCUUACUGCAACUUCAUUGACAAUAAUCCAGGAACUUCCUUGAAAUUAUUUGAAAUUCACACCAAAAAGACACAUAUUUCAAAUUGUGUGAUACAGAACAUCGUAAAUAUUAAUGAAUUAGUUGAGAUGAUAACUCCGAAAGCCGCAGUUUUCGUAAAUUGCGUUUUCGAUUUAUCUGAAAGUAAAAUCGGUUCUUUAAACCUUACAAAUGCGUUUAAGAACUGCACAUACAAAGAGAAAUCACCUGUAUUGAACAAAAUCAUAUCUUUGAACGAAAAAUUCUGUUUUAGAACCCAAUUUUCUGAAACAUUUUCUCCUACCGUUCAAUAUACGGCAAACUCGGAUGAAAAUUUUGUGGCUGGACAACAAGAACUUUCAUCUGAAACAGCAACAAAAGCGCUUUAUCCGAAAACUUUAAGAAUUAGACAGUAUUCAUUAUUUAUAGCAUGUGCAAUUGGUAUUCCUCUAUUCUAUUUGAUGAAGACAUUAAGACAGAACCAACUAUCUCGCUCAAAUUUGAGGAGAAAGAAUUAA